UCAAGCAAUAAAGAUAAGAAAAAACGAUUAUCUUUCUUUUUUUUGUGGAUGCAUGAAGCAAUCGCAUGACUACAGUGGUAACGAGAGAAAGAGGGUUAUUUGAAAUUGGCGCUAUUUAAAUUAAAGUUAAUGCGCGUGCGCAUAGCACUGAGCAUGCGUAUGACACUGGGCAUGCGCAUUGUUCGUGCGUAUGGAACUGAGCAUGCGUAUUGGACUGAGCAUGCGCAUGGCACUGAGCACGUGUAUUCCGCGUGCGCCUGUUACAUGUGCAUUCGUUUGUGGAUAAAUUCACGAGUUAAUACAGUGUAGUGAUUUGAUAGUGAUUUAUUUAAUAAAAAGAACAAUUAAAUACAUUUUUAUUAUUAAUUGUAUAAUAUUUUUAAAAAAUGGAUAAAGUGUGUCAUAUAUGUGAGAAGAAUUUGGCGAAGUAUAAGUGUCCUACAUGCAGAACUCCCUUCUGUUCUGUUAUUUGUGGUAAAGAACAUAAAAAAGUUAAUUGCAAACCACCAACACCACCACCACCAUCACCACCACCACCAUCAUUGCUACCCUCAUCACCACCGGAAAAAGAGAGUGAAGAAGACGAUAAAAAAGACAUCAUACCUUUGGAAAUGUUAGAAAGAUUAUCUGAGAGUGAAGAGGUUAAAAAGUGUUUAAAAAAUUCACAGGUUCGUGAUAUUAUUAGGUUUAUAGUGAAAAACAAGGAUCCAAUGGAAGCUAUAGAUUUAGCUAUGACCGAAUCAGUUUUUGUUGAACUUGCAGAUGCUUGUUUAGAAGUAGUCGAAGAAAAAGAACGUGAAGAUAUAUAAUAGAAAUAAUGAAUUAUUAAACAUAUGUAUAGGUUAUUUUAA